UUGUCUGACAUGUUUGCCAGAUUUGAUGAACUGGGGUAUGAAUUUCUACACUAAUCCAUGUUUGUCUUUGGGAAAUUGCAAGUGUUUUUAACAGGGUUUUAAAUUUGCAAUGUGUUUAUGCAGUCAAUUGAUAUCCCUUUUCGUUUUCCUUCAAAGUGACUCAUUUUAUGAUCAGAUUUCGUGUUUCUUAGUAUGGGAAUUUGUCGAAAACGACAGUGGAUUGGGAGCUUUUAUGUAACAUACCCAUGAGAGAGCCGACGGACGAGAACACAGUGUGGUGCGAAGAGAUUUGCUGCUUUAAAGAAAGAGUUGGAUGAAACAUCAGAGGCAUUAUAAAAUACGGAAAGCCGUUAUCCGAUUACGGAUCGAACCAUCAGAGACCUUUCCCCAUUCGCAAAGAUAUCAACUAUCAAAGCCAGAAUCUCUGUUGCUCUACACAGGGACUGAAUCCUAGAAGGCAAAAACCAUGUCAGGACUGUACAAUUCCAGCUUCUCCCCUGCGGGAGCUGCUUCUCCUCAAAUUAGAAGCACUCCAGAGGUUGAGAGUCAGUACUUAUCAGAGCUGUUGGCAGAGCAUCAAAAGCUUGGACCUUUUUUGCAAGUUCUUCCGAUAUGUAGCCGACUACUAAAUCAAGAGAUAUUUCGGGUCUCAGGAAUGAUGUCCAACCAAGGAUUUGGCAACUUUGACCGGAUGCGGCAUAGAAGCCCCAGUCCUAUGGCUUCUUCAAAUCUUAUGUCAAAUGUUUAUGGGACAGGAUUAAGCAGGUGGAACAGCCUUCCUCAAGAGAGACUAAGUGGACCUCCUGGAGUGACAAUGGACUGGCAAGGUGCUCCAGCUAGCCCUAAUUCAUACACAGUGAAGAGGAUUUUGCGUCUUGAAAUUCCUGUUGAUACAUAUCCAACUUUUAAUUUUGUCGGUAGACUUCUAGGCCCCAGAGGCAAUUCAUUAAAGCGGGUAGAAGCUACUACCGGCUGCCGUGUAUACAUUAGAGGCAAAGGAUCAAUAAAGGAUCCAGACAAGGAAGAGAAGCUGAGGGGCAGACCUGGAUACGAGCACUUGAAUGAUCCACUCCACAUCUUGAUUGAGGCUGAUUUACCUACUAAUGUUGUUGAUAUAAGGCUUAGACAGGCGCAGGAGAUCAUAGAGGAGUUACUCAAACCCGUGGAUGAGUCGCAAGAUUUUAUCAAGAGGCAGCAAUUGCGUGAACUGGCAAUGCUAAAUUCGAAUUUCAGAGAGCAGAGUCCUGGUCCAAGUGGCAGUGUUUCUCCUUUUAAUUCCAGUGGGAUGAAGCGCCCCAAAACAGGAUAUUGAGAGUUUAACCAGAAAUCAUCUACGCUUCUCCAGGAUUUCAUAGCCAAAGCUUCGAGGAGUGUGGAAUAUAUAUACGUGUUGCAAGUAUUAGGCCGGGUGAGGUUGUAGGCGUGUCGUGUUCGUUCCGUUGCUCGUCCCCGUUGCUUUGAAUUGUAGUUUAUAUGGAGAAGCAUAGCAAUGUAAGUUGGGUGUACAAGGAAUGUACUCUCUUUUGGUUUGACCAUCCCAAGCAUAUGGAUGUUCAUCUUCUCCUUCAGUCUGGUUUAAUGUUUAUUUGAGACUGUUUUCUCUUCGUGGUCCAUU